GCAGUGAGGUCAGCCAAAAUCUGUAGAAGCGAAACGGAAAUACAAAGUUCCGCCCCAAAAUUAGCAAGUUGCCGCUUUCAUGGAUUCCUUCAAGAACGCAGAACGGGGGAAAACUCUGUUCAAGGGACGCAAAGGCGAGAUUCAGUUCAAAAUUCUCUUCCCCAGCAAGCCAUUUAUCGAGGAGCAAUUUUCAGGGCUAGAACAGGAAAAGAGACAAUGCUUCGCUCUGUAGCUAAUAUGGUACUAAAACUAGGCCGCAAGAAAGAAUGUCGUUCAGAAGAGCGCCAGUCAGAAUGCAGAAACCGGCCAAGGGUGGCCGCCUGAUGUACUCGAGCUCCGAUGAUGUUGCGGUGAUGAAGCAGCUUGAAGCUGCUCAUGCUCCAGAUGGGCAGGAGAUCGAUGUCAAACCUAUACUCCGCGUAGUUGAGGACAUCUUUGUUCAUGCUGACCCAACUCUCGGACCAGUUGCUAGCUCGGGCACUCCAGUUCAUGGUGAAGCCUUGGAGGACCAAGCUCUGCAAGCCAGCAUGAGGGAUGCUCUUGAAUCUUUGGCCUUUGUGAUUGAUCGAGUUGCUACAGAGAUUGCCUGCAAAUGCUCGGGAAGUGAGGAUGCACAUGGUUCUGCAAUGGCGAUACUGAACAUGCUUGCCCACUUCUCAUGGGAUGCAAAGUUGGUGAUAGUAUUAGCAGCUUUUGGCAUGAACUAUGGAGAGUUCUGGCUCAUCGCACAGAACUACUCCUCGAAUCAGCUAGCGAAAGCAGUGGCGAUCCUCAAGCAGUUGCCUGAGAUCUUAGAGCUUUCGAAUGCACAGAAACCGAGAUUCGAUGCUGUGAGAAGUGUCAUAAAAACAAUGCUGGACGUUGGCAAGUGUGUCAUUAAGUUUAAGGAACUGCCGUCUCAGUAUAUUACUUCUGAUGUUGAAGCACUAUCCACGGCUUUGUCUCAUAUACCCAUUGCUGUCUACUGGACAGCUCGAAGUGUUGUGGCUUGUGCAUCACAGAUCACUGGCCUCGUAGGACUAGGGCAUGGACACUUAGCGGCAACCACAGAAGCCUGGGAGCUGUCAAGCUUGGGUCACAAACUCAGCAACAUGUGCAGCCACCUUGAAGCUCAACUGGGGACUUGCUAUAAGCACAUUGAUGAAAAGAAAUUCAUGGAGUCUUAUCAGAGCCUUAUCCGUUUGUUUGAGACGACGCAAAUCGAUAACAUGAAGGUUCUCAAGGCAUUGAUUUAUGCAAAGGAUGAUCUGCAGCCUCUUGUCGAUGGUGCCACCAAGAAGAGGGCUCAUUUGGAUGUCCUACGGAGAAAAAUGGUGCUGCUUCUCAUAUCAGGCCUUGACAUCCUGCAAGAGGAGAUCGCUAUCCUCGAGCAGAUAUACAAUGAAGCUCGGAUCGAUCCAACGAGACAUGACAUUCAGUAUGAGGUUGUGUGGCUCCCGAUCCUCGACCCUGCUGUCCCAUGGACCGACGGUAAGCAGAAGCAGUUUGAGAGCCUGCAGGCAACCAUGCCUUGGUAUUCAGUGUACCAUCCAUCGAUUAUCAACCCUGCAGCGAUCAAGUUUGUGAAAGAAGAAUGGAACUUCGGGGAGAAGACUAUUCUCGUCGUGCUAGAUCCUCAAGUAAAGGUCAUGAGCCCAAAUGCACUGCACAUGAUGUGGAUCUGGGGGAGUGCAGCUUUCCCUUUCACCAUUGCUAGGGAGGAAGCCCUGUGGAAGGAAGAGAGUUGGAGGCUCGAGUUGUUGGUAGACGGCAUUGAUCCGACAAUUGUGCAAUGGAUGUCUGAAGAUAAGUACAUUUGCUUAUAUGGAGGCGAGGAUACAGAUUGGAUCCGCAAAUUCACCAGUGUGCUACAUGCAGUGGGGAACGCAGCAGGCAUCCCCCUGGAGAUGGUCUAUGUGGGCAAAAGCAACCCAAAAGAGCGAGUUCGUAAGAACAUAACGGCCAUAACAGCAGCUAACAUGAGCCACUGCUGGCAGGACUUGACCCUGGUAUGGUACUUCUGGGUUCGGAUCGAGAGCAUGUGGCACUCGAAGAACCAGCUCCAUAAAACGGUCGACAACGACCCCAUAAUGCAAGAGAUCAUGACAUUGCUUAGCUACGACGGCAGUGAUGAUGGAUGGGCCAUUCUCAGCAGAGGAUCAGGAGGAGACUUGGUCAGAGCCAAAGGAAGCACAUUUGUGACAUGCUUGACCGAGUUCUCAUCGUGGGAGAAGCAAGUUAAAGAAACAGGUUUCCUCCCAGCACUUAAGCAGCACCUCAUGGAGCUCCACAGCCCGCACCACUGCAACCGUCUCGUGCUUCCUGGCGCUGCAGCAAACGCGCCGGAGAGGGUGGUGUGCUCGGAGUGUGGCCGGGCUAUGGAGAAGUUCAUUAUGUAUCAGUGCUGCGAUGAGUAAACAGUGCGGGGCAUAGUACUAACUUAGCUCUUGUUUGAUAUAUGGUGCGUGAUCUUAUGCAAACAGCAAAUAUGAGUCUGUUUUUCAUGUAAAUUGCUGGUGUCAAAGGUACUGUUAUUGAGUUCAUCAUCAAAGUUGUAACUGAUUGUAUGGUCAUGUUUGUGAAACUGUACUGAGAUUGAAUAUAGAUAAGACUGCUGGUUCACUGAUUAACCGUAGAAUCGUGAUAAAACCAUCAUUAAAGUAUAAAUUCAUGUCAAACCGGUAAUUUGAAUGAAAUUUAUCAUAUUGAAAGUAUUGUUUGUGAAACUGUACUAGACAGUAUCAUAUCUUGGUGGGACAAUCUUUCUAUCAAUAUAAUAUUAUUUUGUUAUGUAACAAAUAAUUUAUUUUGUAUGAAUAUAAAGUAAAUAAUCAACUUUUUACUUCUGUAAA